AUGCCACCAAACGACGUGACGACUUUACCAGUCCAAGAAUCUAAAUCAACCGUCGUGGUUGUCGGACUUGGCAUGGUUGGUUUAUAUUUUAUCGAAAAAUUAUUACAAUUUGAUGUAAGAAAUCAAUUUAGGAUUGAAACUUUCUGUGAAGAAUCAAGAGUCGGUUUAACGCAAUACUUUACUCAUCGUUCUGAAGAAAGAUUGAUUAUGCAGCCAUCUUCGUGGUACGAAGAAAAAGAUGUCACUGUUCAUAUGAAUGACAAGGUCACUUUCAUCGACAGAUCAAAUAAAUGUGUCCAUUCUUCUAAAGGCCUUAUCAUUCCUUACGAUUAUUGUAUUAUCGCUACGGGUUCUUACGCGUGGUUACCUCCACUUCCAAAUGUGGAUAAACCUGGUGUAUUUGUGUACCGUACCAUCGAUGACUUAAAUGAUAUGAUAGAUUAUAGUAAGAAUGCUAAGCGUGCCGCUGUUAUUGGUGGUGGCUUACUUGGUCUUGAAGCUGCUAAAGCCUUAUAUGAUUUGGAUUUAGAAGUAACUAUUUGUGAAAGAAAUCCUUUACUUAUGUCAAGACAAUUGGAUAAAAAAGGUGGAAAAAUUUUAUUACGUGAAAUUGAAAAAUUGGGUAUAAAAGCUUCUUUAUCAUUACCUCCAAAAGAAAUUGUUCUUGAUGAUGAUGGAAAAACAAAAGGAAUCUUAUUCAAUAAUGGUCAAAUCUCGGAUUUUGAAAUGGUGGUUGUUGCUGCGGGUAUCAGGCCACGUGACGAGGUUGCUAAUACUUCGGGCAUUUCAACUCAUCCUAAGGGUGGUAUUUUUGUUGAUGAUCAAUUACAAACAAAUGAUCCUAAUAUUUUUGCUAUUGGUGAAGUAGCUUUACAUGCUGGUGUGGUCUAUGGUCUAGUUGCUCCUGGUUAUGAAAUGGCUGAAGUCGUUGCUUCUAAUUUGACUUCUAAUAAUCUAAAAAGAAAAUUUAUGGGUAGUGACCUUUCAUGUAAACUUAAACUUCUUGGAGUUCACGUUGCCAGUUUUGGUGAUUAUUUCGCUGGUGAUGACGUGGCAAUGUCUUUAGUUUAUAAAGAUCCAUUUGGUUCAGUUUACAAAAAAUAUUUAUUUUCAAAAGAUGGCAAACAUCUUUUAGGUGGAAUAAUGGUCGGUGAUACUAAUGAUUAUGCAAAACUUCAUGCUUUGUAUAAAUCAAAAAAACCAUUGACAAUGGCCCCUGGUGAACUUAUCCUUGGUGUUAAAUCUGGUCAAGCCCCGGGCCAAGUUAAAGCUGCUGUUCGAACUCAAAAUUGUCGAUCUAUUGGUGAAGUAAAAUCUUGUACCAAAGCCGGUACAGGUUGUGGUGGUUGUAUACCUAUAGUGACCGAAAUUUUCCAAGUAGAAAUGAAAUCUUUAGGUCAUAAAAUUACUCAAAACAUGUGCCCUCAUUUCGAAUAUACUCGAGCUGAAGUAUUUCAACUUGUUAAAAUUAAAAAAUUAAAAACUUUUAAGGAAAUUCUUGAAACUAUCGGUAAAAAGGGUACUCAUGGUUGUGAAAUUUGUAGACCUGCAAUAGCUUCUAUUUUAGCUAGUUUGUGGAACGAUCCAAUUUUGGAACAUUCCAACCUCCAAGAUACCAACGAUCGUUUUCUUGCAAAUAUUCAACGUGAUGGUACUUAUUCCGUUGUUCCACGUGUACCAGCUGGUGAAAUUACUCCUCAAAAAUUAGUUAUAAUAGGUCAAAUAGCGGAAAAGUAUGGCUUAUAUACAAAGAUUACUGGUGGUCAACGUAUUGACCUUUUUGGAGCUGCAAAACAUGACUUACCUGAUAUUUGGGAAGAACUUGUUAACGCUGGUUUUGAAUCAGGUCAUGCUUACGGAAAAGCUUUGAGAACUGUUAAAUCUUGUGUAGGUUCCACUUGGUGUCGAUAUGGAAUUGGUGAUUCUGUUGGUUUUGCAAUUCGAAUUGAAGAACGUUAUAGAGGAAUUAGAUCACCUCAUAAAUUGAAAGGUGGUGUAUCAGGUUGUAUUAGAGAAUGCGCUGAGGCACAAGGAAAAGAUUUCGGUCUCAUUGCUACUGAUAAAGGUUAUAAUAUUUAUGUUUGUGGAAAUGGUGGUUCAAAACCAAAACAUGCUGUUUUAUUAGCAAAAGAUGUUCCAGAAGAAUUAUGCGUUAAAUAUUUAGAUCGUUUCUUAAUGUAUUAUAUUCAUACUGCUGAUAAAUUGACGCGUACAGCAAGAUGGCUUGAAAAAAUGGAUGGUGGUAUUGAUUACCUUCGAAAGGUUAUUAUUGAUGACCAUUUAGGAAUAUGUAAAGAUUUAGAAGAAGAUAUGUCACGUCUUAUUAACACUUAUCAAGAUGAAUGGGCAGGAGUAAUUAAAGAUCCUGUUAAACGAGCUCAAUUCAGACAAUUUGUUAAUACACCGGAAACUCAACCUGCUAUUGAAAAAAUUACUGAACGUGGACAAAGACGUCCUGCAGAUUGGCCAAAAGAAUUCCCCGAUAUUUCUGAAAAACCUACUGAACAAUAUAAGCAAAAAUCUUGGGUUAAAAUAGCCCCAAUAGAUUCUUUCCCUGAAGAUUCUGGUCAGGUUGUAAAAUAUUCUGAUACACAAAUUGCUAUAUUUAAUACUGAUGAACGAAAAAAUUGGUAUGCAACCCAAAAUAUGUGCCCGCAUAAGAGGGCUUUUGUGUUGUCUCAAGGAUUGAUUGGUGAUGAUGAAAGUGGAUCUCUUCGUGUUAGUUGUCCUAUGCAUAAGAAAAAUUUUGCCCUAGAAACAGGUGAAUGUUUAUCGGGUGACAUAGGAUUGAAACUAAUGACAUUUGACGUAAAGCUUGAAGAUAACCACGUUUGGCUUUAUCUUCCACCACCUCAAGAACUUGAUAGAUUACUUGGAACUAGUAAAUGGAUGAUUACAAAAAAUCAUGCAGCAAAGAAGAAAUCAAAGGAGACUGGUGUACAAAUAGUAGGAAGUGCGAUGGGGUGUGGUAGCAGUGGUUGUGGUGAUAAGAAACUGGAUUGGUAA